AUGAUGAAGUUAAAGUUCGAUUACCAAGAGGAAUAUAUUAGAAACUCGAGAGGCGUUGAGUUGUUCGCUUGCAGAUGGAUUCCAUCUUCUUCUUCUCCCAAAGCUCUCAUCUUCCUCUGCCAUGGCUAUGGAAUGGAGUGUAGUGGCUUCAUGAGAGAAUGCGGGAUACGGCUGGCUUCAGCAGGAUAUGCAGUGUUUGGAAUGGACUACGAAGGGCAUGGUCGGUCCAAAGGAGCUCGUUGCUACAUCAAAAAGUUCAGUAACUUAGUCAAUGACUGCUACGACUAUUACACCUCCAUCUCUGCGAAGGAAGGAUACAGAGAGAAAGGUAGAUUCUUGUAUGGAGAAUCCAUGGGAGGUGCUGUUGCUUUGUUGCUUCACAAGAAAGAUCCUUCUUUCUGGAAUGGUGCCCUUCUCGUCGCUCCCAUGUGUAAGAUAUCAGAGAAGGUUAAACCACAUCCAGUUGUCAUAAAUCUGCUAACGAGAGUGGAAGAGAUUAUACCAAAAUGGAAGAUUGUUCCCACUAAAGAUGUCAUCGACGCAGCUUUCAAAGAUCCGGUCAAGCGUGAAGAGAUAAGGAACAACAAGCUGAUAUAUCAAGACAAGCCAAGACUCAAAACCGCGCUCGAAAUGCUUAGAACAAGCAUGAACCUCGAAGACACUCUCCACGAGAUCACAUUACCUUUCUUUGUCCUCCACGGUGAAGCAGACAUUGUGACUGAUCCAGAGAUCAGCAAAGCUCUGUUCGAGAAAGCAAGCACGCAGGACAAAACCAUCAAGCUUUAUCCAGGCAUGUGGCAUGGGUUGACUUCUGGCGAGCCUGACGCUAACGUUGACCUCGUUUUCGCUGACAUCAUCGCUUGGCUUGACCUCCGUACCGGAGACUCCGCUUCUCUCACCGUUACUCCCGUCAGAGAUUUUACCGUUAGUAACGGCCAAGAGAAACAUAAACGGCCACAAUCUAGUCUCCUUUGCGGGUUAAACGGUGGUGGACGCCGUCUGGUCCAUCGAUCUUCUAUAUUUUUGGAAACCGCAAAGCGAGAUUCAGCUGGUUCCAUCUUUUUUCUUGAGAAUUUUGUCGAACGGAGUUUGCUUCAAGUCAGCAUGAGUGGGGCGAUGGACGUGGACAACAACGGAAAGACCGAAGAGGAGGAAUUCAACACGGGACCACUCUCAGUUCUGAUGAUGAGCGUUAAGAACAACACUCAGGUUUUGAUCAAUUGCCGCAACAACAGGAAGCUCCUUGGCCGAGUAAGAGCCUUUGACAGGCACUGCAACAUGGUUUUGGAGAACGUCAGAGAGAUGUGGACUGAGGUACCAAAAACCGGAAAAGGAAAGAAGAAAGCACUUCCCGUCAACAGAGAUCGGUUCAUCAGCAAGAUGUUUCUUCGUGGCGACUCUGUCAUCAUAGUUCUCAGGAACCCGAAGUGA